AAACUCAAGAAGAAGAAUUUCAAGACAACAAUGCAUAGUUUAAAUGGUGUUUUGAGAUGAAUUUUUGGGGAUGUCCUGCGGUGAAUAUCGAGCGCUACCUGUGAGAAGCUAACCGGAGCAGGCUAGUGUUGUGUGAGGAUACGUCUAACAGCAGAAUGGCAGACGAGUCCCUGUUUGAGUUCCUCCAUAUGGAGAUGGUGUCGCAUGUUUUCACUGAACAACAGUCCAGCAAAGGAGAAAUGGACAACAAGGACAGAGCUGUGUGUAUUUCUGUUUUGGAAGCCAUGGGCUUCAGGGUUGGACAAGGACUCAUUGAGAGACUGACCCGGGACUCCCCCAGCUUUAAAGAUGAGUUGGACGUAAUGAAGUUCGUCUGUAAAGACUUCUGGACGAAGGUGUUCAGGAGACAAGUUGACAACCUCAGAACAAACCACCAGGGUACCUAUGUCCUGCAGGAUAACAAGUUUUCUCUCCUGACUCAGCUCUCCAAUGGAAAAGAGUAUCUGGAUCAGGCUGCCAAGGUAAAUUCCAGGUAGUCGUCCAGAAGUUGUGACCUGAUCUUUAUCUCGGAGCAGUUUCUUGGUGCCAAAAGAGCAGCUCCUCCACCGAGCAUCGCAACUCCAGAGAAAUCAACUAUCACAGCUGGACUGCUCAGACUGGCCCUGACUGAUGGGCGAAUGUUUACUGGUAUUUUUGUGAUGCAGGAAAAAUUUUAAUCAUCCUCUUUCUUAUUUUGGAUUAAGAUGAAGAGUUAAUUUGCUGUGUAACAAAUGUUCUGUUUUACUGUUAAGUGGACCCUGGCUGUGACUGAGCUCACUUUGUCUAAUAUAGAAAUGUGGAUGUAAAUGUUUUGCUGCAUUUUGUGAUGUUUAACUUGCUGAAUGCUAAAGUUAGUAUUUUUCUUUUUCUUUUAAUUUACCCUUUAUUUAUACAGCUAGUCUCAAUGAGUCACAAGAACUCUUUGAAGAAACAAUUGGGAUGAAAAAUGCUAAUGUUUUUGUUGGAAUCACUGUAAAUGACACAUUUAUACAAACUCGUUGGAGUUUAGGUCAAAUUUAUUUUAGAGUUGAUAUACAAAUUGACAAAAAAUACAGCUCUGGUGCACUUGAUUUAUUGAAAAGAUGUGUUUGAGAUGGGUUCCAGUCAUCUGUGUUGAGUGGAAAUUUUUCUUGUAAAUCCUGAAACAUGUUUAAAAUACCAGUGACAUGAAAGUGAAGCUCUGGUCUCACGCAAGGAAAUUAAAUGUUUUGCAGCUCUGCAAGAUACUACUUUACCUGAACAUUCAUUGGUGUGAAAUAAAUACAAUACAGAAGGAAGAACAAGCAAAUAUUUAAGAAUAUUUCAAGUUUACAAUUUACUCCUCGCCGCCCUCAGAUAAUAGCAAGCACAACAAAUCACAUGAGUUUUUCUGCAGACACACAGGAUGUCUUUUGACCAACAGAGAACUGGUUUAAGUUUUGUCUUUUCAAUCAUUAGAAGUUUGUUUUGGAGUCUCAAAUGAUGACCAGAUGUGUACUAAAAUAAUAAAAA